AUGCCUACUGACUACGUUGAUCUGGGUCCUUACCGAUUUGAGAAAACUCUGGGAAGUGGCUCAUUCGGAAAAGUCAAAUUGGCAGUACAUCGCUAUACGCAGACAAAAGUGGCAAUCAAGAUUUUGAGCAAAGAAAAGAUCAACAAGUUAGAUAUGAGCUCCAAAGUGAAGAGGGAGAUUAAUAUCCUUCGUCUUUUUAAACAUCCCCAUAUUGUGCGUUUAUAUGAAGUUAUUGACACACCAACGGACCUAUUCUUAGUAACGGAGUAUGUGGAAGGAGGUGAAUUAUUCGAGUAUAUUGUACACAACGGAAAGCUUUCUGAACAAGAAGCGCGAAGAUUCUUCCAGCAAAUCAUUAGCGGCAUCGAAUACUGCCACAUGCACGGCGUCGUUCACCGCGAUCUAAAGCCCGAAAAUCUCCUCCUCGACGAAAAUCGGAACAUCAAGAUCGCCGACUUCGGUCUAGCGAAUUUCCUAGAAGACGGCUGCUUCCUCAGCACUUCCUGCGGCUCCCCGAACUACGCAGCCCCCGAAGUCAUCUCGGGUCGUCUCUACGCAGGUCCAGAAGUGGACAUCUGGUCCUGCGGCGUGAUCUUGUACGCGUUGCUCUGCGGCCGGCUGCCUUUCGACGACGAAAACAUCUCCGCGCUCUUCCGCAAGAUCAAGAACGGCCUCUACCGCUUGCCCUCGUUUCUCUCGAAAGGUGCGCGCGAUCUCAUCCCCGAGCUCCUCAUGAACGACCCCGUGAAGCGCAUCACCAUCCCCGAGCUGCGCAAGCUCGCCUGGUUCCAGACCUCCUGCCCGCCCUACCUCGCCAUUCCCUGGGAGGACUACGAGAAGAACCAUCUGUACGCGUUCCCCGCGGGAGUCACCCCAGAGUUUCCACGAUUAACGCCCCGGAAUUCAUGGAGUCGCUCAUGA